AUGAACAAAUAUCCAGUUACAUUUAAUAUUGUGGACCUUAAGGAUGGACAGUGGAAAACUAAAUUAAUGCAACGGCUGAACGAUGAAAAAGUAACGGGGUUAUUUGUCAUUUUGAACAGCAGAUGUCACUGUUGCUCGGUUUAUGUCCAAGGGAAGGGAGUACUGCUUCAGUAUGGAUGGUUUACCGACAUUACAAGUAAUCCCUUUCUGGCGCCCAUGUCAAGGAUCCGAGCCAUAGCUGCUGGUCUUUCCCUAAUAGCCGUGACAAGGAGCAUGAGCGCCGCAGCUGGAUCUUCCGAAAGUCCGGGGCUGUGCCUAGCCGGGAGCCCUCCUCGCUUGCUUCGACUAGCUGAUGUCCCCGGGUACGAGGCGCACCGACUGAACGACAUGCUGCUACUGAGUCCGGCUGGAGCCGAUACCCUGUGCGGCUCUCAUACAGAGGCCGCCGAGGAUGGGAGUGAGCACGUAGUGUUUUUCCCCGGAGACAUCCAGAACUUCCAGCAGGAGAUGGUGCUGCAGCCAGAGGGGGCUCAGUAUCAGAGCUGGAGCCUGGAGAGGGUGGCGCUGAUACUGGGCCGCCGCUUCCCUGGCCGCUACGUGUGGGUGGUUCGGGCGUCCAGCAUGUACCUGCACAAAUUCAGCUGCUACCACAACUUCGUGGAGAGCAACCUGUUCGGGGCACCCGAGCACUCGCCCGACUACGGGGCCCUCCGCCACCUGAGGGCGCUGCUGAGCCACGGCAUGGAGCGGGCCGGCCUGCUGGCCCCCGGGGCCUCCCCCUUCCCCCCGCCGGCCUUCUCUCUGGCGCUGGUGGCCUUCAGCAAGGGCUGCGUGGUCCUGAACCAGAUGGUGUACGAGCUGGCGGGGGCCAGGGCUGACCCCCAGCUGGCGCCCUUCCUGGGCAGCGUGACAGACAUGUACUGGCUGGACGGCGGGCACCCAGGGGGCAGCGAGACCUGGGUGACGGACCGGCGGGCCCUGCAGGAGCUGGCGGCCGGCGGGAUGGCUCUCCACGCCCACGUCACGCCCUAUGAGGUGCGCGACCCCAUGCGGGCCUGGGUGGGCCGCGAGCACCGGCGUUUCGUACGGACCCUGGAGGAGCUGGGGGCGCGCCUCACGAGCACCCUGCACUUUGAGGACGAGCCCCCCUCCAUCGACAACCACUUCAGGGUCAUCCAGACCUUCUGACCAGAGAGAGCUUGCCGGUUCUCAAGUCCCGUCUCUGGAGGGUUAAUAUCGGAUCGCUGCUCUCGUGGGUCUGGUUUUAGGUCUGGGGCAGAGUCUAAUUACAUGUUAUAUACAAGAGGAGGAGCUUGAUUGACAGGCCAUGCAUGAGAAUCAGGUGCAGCUCAAUUUUGUUUAAAAAAAAAAGAAAAAAAUCAGCCCACUCCUACCUAGCCUGUCGAGGCAAGCAAAAUCAGGCAACUUUCAGAAGACAACUUGUGCAGCGUGUAGCGCCUUAAAAAUCAGUUGCUGUUCUUUGUCCUUUGCUCAUAUCUCAGUUUCACUUUUGGCACCACUGGGCUUCCGUAUGCAAUCACCCAGGAAGAGAAGUAUUGUGAAUAACCUGUUGGAGAUGGAUUCCAUAGGGGGCUGUUCCUGCCGUCCUCCGCAGGCCAGAUGGCAGCUCAGCCACCUGAUCCUUCAGUCAGAACCAUGCCACCAUGUCAUCAAAGGAGCCCUGCGACAGAUAUGCAAACAUACAUACACGCAAGUACAGACACGCACACGCUCGUAUAUUUACAUAAUGCACGCAUAUUGCAUUAACACACACAGCCAUGUUCUCCAUGAUUACCAUUUGCAUAGCUGACACUCUUAUCAAGGGGGCCCUCACCUUGACAAGCAUGGCUUAUCAUUUACGCAUCUGUUCACCGGGCCGGAUAUUUACAUGAAGGGUUCAGGUGAAGCGCCUUGUUUAAGGUGUACAGCAAGGGUGACUCACCUGUCCUCCCCGGAGUCCUGGCCUCCACGCCACCCUGCCCUCCGCCAUGUUUAGGUCCCGCCCGUAGCACGGCAGUGUCCAGGUCUAAAACGUCAAGACUGAAUCUCCUUAUAGCACUUUAAGUUCAGAUUUUUCUUAAAUUGUAUUUAUUCAUUAUUUUUGUUAAUUGCAUUGUGUUUUGCUCUUCAUUCGGAAGGCCCGGCACAGUGGCCCGUCCCGUCUUUUACACUGCUUCCGUCCAUUUGAGAGGGUGCCUGCCGCCAUCACGCCAUGCACUGAAGCUUAGGCGCUCGGGCCCCGCCUCUUUGCAUUCCGCCGUCCCGACGACUGAGCUGCGCAGUUGCCCGACUGCGCAGAGGACUGCAAUGCCACACUGCCCCACUUAUGCCCCCGAUGGCCAGUGGGAGUCACUGUUGCACACGGAUGUGGAGAACAUGCUCUUAACUGCAGCUUCCCUCCCUGGGCUGGUGACAGUGUCUCUGCAGAAAUGUGGCCACAGUUAGCCCUGGUAUGGUUAGCAUUCAGUUCUGGACCAUGGGGAACAUUGUUAUACAGAGGACUAGUGCAUUAAAGUGAAUGUACCCCAUGGAAAGCCUAUGUACAUCUUUAUACUGAUUGGAAACCAUAUCUGCUCUGUUUGGAAUUGAUAUCCACAUUCUUUUUUACCUUAGUGUAGCAAGGUAAAGAGAUAAUUUCAAAAGUGAUUUUCUCUUAUGCAUUUGUAUUCCUUUUUGUGUUUGAGGUUAAGCACAAAGCUGUAAAACAAAAGUGUUGUAUAGAGGAAGUGGACUGUGCACAAGGUCCCUAAUUGCUCAGUUAGAGGAGAGGUAUAUGCAUUGAAUGUAAUUUGUUGCUUCAUGUCCAUUCCUUUAUUGAGACUGAAAAUGCUGUUCUAGACUGUUCAAAAAUUGCAUUUAAAACCUCCCUGAAAAGGUCUUAAAGCAUUGCAUAGCCAGGCUUUUAGUGGUCUAACCAUUUUAUUGGAAAAGCUUUAAGAGGAUUUCUGUUUUCUUAGUGGUAUUUUUUGUAAGCAUUGUUGUAUAUAUAUAUAUAUAUAUAUAUAAUAUAUAUAUGCUUUUUGUUAAAGGCUUGAAUGCAGUUUUUUUGUUAUUUAUUCUUCUGAGGGGUUUAAAGUUGGGCAAACCUGAAUUGUGGGUUGAUAAAUGUAGUAAAAGCAGUAAUAAAGGAUGUAAGUGAAUGUAAUGAGCUUAAAACGGUCAAUGUUCAAGCCAUAAGCAGUCUUGAUAAAUAAAACAUCCUAGUUGUCAAGUGUGACCAGCAACAAAACAAAAAAAAAAAAAGAUUCUCUGCAGUGUGAGCAGGCUGUGGGGUCUGCAGUAAUAACACUAUUAAACAGCUCUCACACAUGCACUGCUAAACGCAGAAAAAGAUACCCUUUGCUUCCUCUUCCCGUUUUGAGACUAGAUUGGUGCAUUGGUGCAGAAACUGAACCCGCAAAACACUUAAUGAAAUAAAAGCUAAUCUUA